GCCUGGGGGUCGGGGCGCUGGGGGCCGGGGGCCGGGGACCGCCGCUCUGGCCGCCCUGGGCCUGGCGCUGGCGCUGGCACUCGGCCUGGGCCUGUCCUGGCGCGGCAUCGUGGCGUGGCAGCGGGCGAGGCGCGCCAUAACCCUGCACCCGGCGCCUCCCGCGCUGCCGCCCAACAGCUCCAGCGCCGCGGCCGCCCCGGACCUUUUCUGGGGCACCUACCGGCCCCACGUCUACUUCGGCAUGAAGACCCGCAGCCCGCGCGCGCCCGUCACGGGCCUGAUGUGGCUGCAGCAAGGGGCCCCCCCGGGAAUGCCGGGCCAGCUCCGGCACACGUGCGAGCAGGGAGACGGCAUGGGCCCCUACGGCUGGGAGCUGCACGACGGGGUCAGCUUCGGGCGGCAGCGGCUGCACGACGGAGCCCUAGUGCUCACCACCGAGUUUGUGAAGCGGCCGGGCGGGAGCCACGGCGGGGACUGGAGCUGGAGGAUCACGGCCGAGCCCCAGACGCGAGAGAGCCCUGUGCUGCCUCUGCUCUCUUUGUUCUUCUACGUGGCCACUGACGGACAGGGGACAUUGAGGCCAGAGCCGGGGACAGGGGGGCAACUGAACGGCAUUGAUGGCCACACGGAGGAGCUUGGAGACUUCCGCCUCAUCCUUCUUCCCCCUACCGAUGUCAAAGGGACAGCCUUAAAACAUGGCAGCUACAACAGUCUCUGGAUGCCGAGCCCAGGACUGCAUUUGUUGACAGAAGCUGUGAAGAAUCGUCUAAAUCGAUGGUUUCAGCACCGCCCCCCUGGUGGUUCUCCAGAGCGAUACCUGGGCUUGCCUGGAUCCCCUCAGUGGGAAGGGGAAAGCCAGAAAUCAGGCCACUCAGUACAAGGACAGAUUGUGGUCCAGCAGCUGACACUAAAGCCACCCUUCCGAGUUGAGCUGGUUUUUGAAUCGGGAAGUGUGGGCUGGGGGGAAUCCCGUCCUGGGGGUCGUCUGGCUGGGCCAGUAUUAUCCCAGGCCCUGGACACCCACGUCACAUCUUUCACUGACCGUUUUGAGGAUAUCUUCAGGCUGGGAGCACGAGGCCUGAGUGCAGGAGAGCAGGCUCUGGGUCAAGCAGCCCUAAGUGGGCUCUUGGGGGGCUUUGGCUAUUUCUAUGGACAAGGCCUGGUGCUACCGGAUCCUGGGGAUGAAGGACCUGAAGAGGACCCGGCCCCAGCCCCAUCCCUUUUUCCUCCAGCUCCACUCUUCACAGCUGUCCCUUCGAGAUCCUUUUUCCCUCGUGGCUUUCUGUGGGAUGAAGGUUUCCACCAGCUUGUGGUGUAUUGUUGGGAGCCACGUUUGACCAGGGAGGCCCUGGGCCACUGGCUCGGGCUGCUUAAUGCUGAUGGCUGGAUCGGGCGAGAGCAGGUGUUGGGAGACGAGGCCCGGGUCCGGGUCCCACCACCAUUCCUGGUACAGAGAGCAGCCCAUGCUAAUCCCCCAACUCUCCUGUUGCCUGUGAUGCGCAUGUUGGACAGUGGAGACACUGCUGAUAUGGAUUUCUUGCGUACAGCUUUCCCCCGUCUCCAGGCCUGGUUCUCUUGGCUCCGACAAAGCCAGGCAGGCCCUGUUCCUUUGUCCUAUCGCUGGCGAGGACGCGACCGGGCUGCUCCUGGUCUGCUGAACCCCAAGACAUUGCCCUCAGGCCUGGAUGACUACCCUCGAGCUUCACACCCAUCACCAGAUGAGCGACAUUUGGACCUGCGCUGCUGGGUGGCACUUGGUGCCAAUAUCUUGGCCCGGCUGGCACAAAAACUUGGGGAGACUCAGGCAGAGACUGAGUUGGCUGAGCUUGCAGUCAAACUGAGGGAUGAGAAUGGUCUGGACUCAUUGCACUGGGCCCCUGAGUUAGGUGUCUUUGCAGAUUUUGGGAACCAUACAGGAGCUGUUCGCCUUGCAAGGGGUCCACAAGGGCUGGUCCGAGUGGUGGGCCGUCCUCCUCCCCGCCCACAGUAUGUUGAUGCAUUGGGCUACGUCAGCUUCUUUCCACUGUUCCUCAGACUGCUGAGCCCCACCUCCCCACACCUGGGUCCCCUGUUGGACCUGCUGGCAGACAACCGUCACUUAUGGAGUCCUUUUGGUUUGCGCUCACUGUCUGCCUCCAGCCCUCUCUAUGGACAGCGAAAUUCAGAGCACGACCCACCAUACUGGCGAGGGGCUGUCUGGGUUAAUGUUAACUACCUAGCAUUGGGUGCCCUGGAUCACUAUGGGCGCCUGGAGGGGCCCCACCAAGCCCAGGCAUCACAACUCCACACCCAGCUGCGAACCAACCUUGUGGGUAACGUGUGGAGACAGUACCGGGACACAGGCUUUUUAUGGGAACAGUACAGCGAUCGAGACGGUCACGGCAUGGGCUCCCGGCCAUUCCAGGGCUGGACCAGUCUUGUACUGCUGGCUAUGGCAGAGGACUAUUGAUCCCCACCAUUCUUCCACGUACUCCUUCCCAUGUCAACUCAGGACCAACUCACUGCCCAGCCUUCCCUAAACCACCAUCAUCCGUCCUAGGCCUGCUAGGAAAUGACCCAUCUACCACUCCCUUGGGCUCUCUUUGCUGCUGCUGGGGGUCGGGAGCCUCAUGUGUGGUGCACGGGAGGGAGAUGGGCUGGGGAGCAGGCUCCUCUGCUCCAGAGCUCCUGGGUCCCAUGCCCGGAACGCAUCUCAGGGGUUACCCCACCCAUCUCCAUUAGUCUUGGUGGCAGAUGGUGGUGAAGUCAAGAGUUUAUUUUUCUAAAUAAAAGUUGCCUUCCUGUGA